UGUAUUUAUCAUUUAAAACUACUACAAAAUAAGAUAUUUUGAUAACCCUAAACCCUGUAACUCUCAAUAAAACCUCCUCCGUCAUACAAACAAAACGAAAGUCUAGUUCACAAGAGUCGACGUCAGGUUGUCUUGAGAAUGCACCAUGCAUCAGUAUAAGGCAGUCCCAUUCUGUUUUGAAGUUUGGCAUAGAAUCGCAACAAUUUGAAUGCCUUCACAACAACAUCUUACAACAAAGGAAGUGAAGUGAAGGCCACACUUUGUGUGCUUUGCUGCGAUUUGGAAUCGGUGCUUCGGCAGUUUUGCAAGAGAAGGUCGAAGUACGAGGGGCUAUGGCUCUAAUGUAGGAUUUUUUGGGAUGGUGUUUGCGAUUGGUUGCCGCAUUUCGUGAAUCCUGUGUGGGUUUCGGGUGUGCGCGCAGGAGUUUGUGAAUUUGUUGUUCGCUGGCCUUGUUUGUGGUUCUCAGACCAUGCUCUGAGAUACUUGAGCUAGUGGGUUUCGAAAGAAUCUCAAGCGGAGGUGCCUCUUCUGCCGAUCAUUUUGCCUGUGACACGGGAGUUCACCAUUAUUAUAAUUUGUGAGAAAAGGACACUUACAAGUUUGUUACAAAAUGGUCUUUAGGAUUGUAUCCCGAGUGCGAGAACUUUUCCGUGUGAUGAGGGACCUUCCUUCUGACGAUUCAAUCCGCCGACGCACUCUUGCCAUCAAUGCACAGCUUGCCAAAGUAUUAUUGCUCCAGGAAGCCCGGUUAGCACAAGAAAAAUUUCGCGAGGAAGCUGCUCUUCAAGAGGUACAUGCAAUUGUGUCACAGAUGACACAAUUAAAAGAGAGCUUGACUGCUGCGGAGCAAGCUGCGGUUGAAUUCGUGGACCAAUUAGGAGAUCAAGCCACAGUGCAGCUCGAGGAUGAGUGGAACAAGAAGGCAGAAACCCUGAUGACUACGGUAGCAAAGACGCAGGAGAGACUUGGAGCUGACCUUCCUCAACUCUCCAAUGAUUCUGUUUUGGACUCGAAGAACAAAACCAAGUGAUCGAAGUAAUAAAAACAACGAUUUUGCAGCUUCUCAUUCCUAAGUUUCAUCGAGUUCUCCAUAGGAAUCACACUGAUUCUUUCGACUUUCUUCACUUUUGAUCCGAACUGAGUGGUUACAUGUGUUUAUGAGGUUGCAAAUAACAUUAAUAUGGUUCUAUGUGUGAUCUUCUGAUUAUUUUCUCAGGAUGGUCAUCUACAUAUUUGGAAUGCGCUCCUCUGCGAACAUGUAAUACUUUGUGUGGAAGACUAGGAAUUGCUAUGCUUAUUUUGUAUAGUUUCAUGUGUGGUUCCAACAAUUCAUGGAUUGAUUUUCUUAGUGCA